AUGUGGACGGGCUAUGAAGCUGUAGAUGCUCUCGUCUCUAAAUGCGAGGCGCUGGGAAAGCCAAUUGCAGACGAGAUGAAACGAUGGGGCGUGGAUAUUUUCGGGGCAAAAAUAGAAGGCGAGCUUGACAUACUCUCCUUGGAUAACAAUAAUACCCCAGAAAAGAUCCAUGAUUCUGCAAUUGGUACUCCGUCCAGCCACCACUCAUCUAGUGUGGAAGACGACGACCUUAAACCCAGCUAUUCACGAAAGAAGCAACAGUUUAUUUGUCAACCAUCAAUAAUGAGCGAAUCGAUCACCAUGAAAAAUUACCAGAUUGUGGGAAUCAACUGGCUGAGCCUCCUUUUCGAGCAGAGUUUGAGCUGCAUUCUUGCAGAUGACAUGGGAUUGGGCAAAACAUGUCAAGUCAUAGCGUUCCUGGCCCAUCUCUACGAGAAAGGGGUGAAGGGACCUCAUCUUGUGGUGGUGCCCUCUUCAACCUUGGAGAAUUGGCUUUCGUGA